AUGACCGAAACACUAGACGAGACGGCACAGGUACUCUUAGGGUCUUUCUUCCCUAGGGAAGGGCAGAAAAGAGACCUCAUAAGAAGCGGGCCUUUAGAUAACUACGGAGGCCCGGUGGACGCUGAUAGAGUCAGAGCGGCGAUCUGGAGGAUGCGCCCAGGCAAAGCGCCCGGACCCGAUGGCAUCACGGCUGGUUUGCUGAGGAAUGCAUGGCCGAUCCUGGGUGAGGAGAUGGUACGCCUCUUCAGAACGUGCAUAAUUGAAGCCACUUUCCCGCAAUCAUGGAAGUGCGCCAACUUGGUCGUACUGCUUAAACAAGGGAAAAAGGACGCUACGAAUCCAAAGUCAUACAGACCAAUAAGCUUGUUGCCUACAAUGGCAAAAGCACUCGAAACCCUUAUCAUUCAGGACUUGGAAACGGAAACCGAGUUAAAUAAUUAUGGCCAACAACACGGAUUUGUGCCAGGCAGGUCGACCAUCACGGCAAUGAAGUCCCUGUAUGAUUGGAUACAUGGUAGCAAUAGCAGGCACGUGUUCGGGGUGUUUCUGGACAUCACCGGGGCCUUCGACAACGUCGGCUGGUUCCCGCUAAUAUCCAGACUUGACGCGCUCGGCGCCUCGAUCAGAACAAUGAGACUAAUCCAGAGCUACCUCGUCAAUAGGUCAGCGAGCAUCGUGAUUGACGGCAAACGAUACCAGCGAAUUAUAGAGCGAGGAUGCCCACAAGGGUCCCAGCUUGGUCCCACAUUGUGGAAGGUUGCCAUGACGGAGAUUGGCAACAUGCAACUGGACAACACAGCCAACAUGGUGCUGUAUGCGGAUGACAUCGCGCUCACGGUGGCAGCGGCGAGGCCCCAAACUGCACAUGGCAGAAUCGAAAGAUACCUCGAUGGCCUCAAAGCGUGGGCUAAGGCAUACGAGCUGGAAUUCUCGCCAAUAGUGCACUCCUCGCAACGAUUUUGA